AUGGCAGACGGCAAAGGCACUGAGCAAGACAAAGACAAAGAAAUACCGUUACAAAAUGGCGCCGAGCCGUUAACGGCUGAGUCAUUUCGGGUUGGUGUGAAGAUUCCCCCGUUUUAUCCUGAAAAACCGGCGCUAUGGUUUGCGCAGUUGGAAGGACAAUUUCGGUUGUCUCGUGUUACAACGGACGAGACCAAAUUUUAUUACGCCAUGGCACAACUUGAGCCUAAAUAUGCGGCGGAGGUAGAGGACAUCAUUACGUCACCACCGGAGGAGAACAAAUUUGAAAAGCUCAAGACGGAGCUCAUUAAACGACUUUCUGCGUCGCGUGAGAGGAAGGUCCAGCAGGUCCUCAACCUGGAAGAGCUGGGAGACAGGAAGCCUUCACAGUUUCUUCGGCAUCUUCAGAACUUGGCGGGACCUGGGCUACCUGAGGACUUUCUUCGUUCCAUCUGGGUUAAUCGGCUACCACAACGGACGCAGGAUAUUGUCGCGUCGCAACUCAAAUCAUCCCUGGAGGACUUGGCAGAGCUCGCCGAUCGCCUUCACGACGUUGUCGCGCCCGCCCCGCAGGUGGCAGCAGCGUCGCUACCCUCCACGUCAUCGGAUCCCCUGAUGCUGCAGAUCGCGGAACUGAGCAGGCGGAUGCAGGCGCUGGAUGCUAAAGUUGGUCGAAUGUCCCGGCCUAGGGAGAGGUCAUCGAGUCACACCAGGCAGCGUUCGGCGUCCAAGAGGUCUAACUCCAGCUAUCGGAAGUUCUCUACCUGCUGGUACCAUCACAAGUUCGGAGAGCAGGCUAAAAGGUGCAUCAAGCCUUGUGAUUACCAGUCGGGAAACGCAUCGGGCAGUCGGUGA